GGGUCACGUGACUCAGUCUCCGCUCGCCGCCGCUCCGCAUCAUCAGCAGCAGAGAUGUCCGCGAGCUCCGCGUUCAGCGAUGAGAAAGGAGGCUCUUCCAGCGAGCCCGAGUACGGCCACGACCCGGCCAGCGGGGGCAUCUUCUCCUCCGACUAUAAAAGACACGAUGACCUGAAGGAGAUGCUGGACAGUAAUAAAGACUCCCUGAAGCUGGAGGCCAUGAAGCGCAUCGUAGCGAUGAUCGCACGUGGUAAAAACGCCUCGGAUCUUUUCCCUGCGGUGGUGAAGAACGUGGCCUGUAAGAACAUCGAGGAUGAGAUCCCAAACCAGCUGAUCCGAGCGAGCGCCCUGCGUGUGCUGUCCAGCAUCAGAGUGACCAUCAUCGUCCCCAUCAUGAUGCUGGCCAUCAAAGAAGCUGCGUCGGACAUGUCUCCAUACGUCCGCAAGACCGCAGCGCACGCCAUCCCGAAACUACACAGUCUGGACCCAGAGCAGAAAGAUCAGCUGAUUGAAGUGAUCGAGAAGCUGCUGGCUGAUAAAACCACACUGGUAGCAGGCAGUGUGGUGAUGGCGUUUGAAGAAGUGUGUCCCGACCGCAUUGACCUGAUCCACAAGAACUACCGUAAGCUGUGUAACCUGCUGAUCGACGUGGAGGAGUGGGGUCAGGUGGUCAUCAUCAACAUGCUGACGCGCUAUGCCAGAACACAGUUCCUCAACCCCAACAUCAACGAGUCUCUGUUGGAGGAGGGCAGCGAGAAGGCUUUCUACGCCUCUGAUGAUGAGGAAGAUGAAGAUAAGAAAGCCGAGGUGGCGGCUCUGGCCAAGAGGAAGCCGUAUGUGAUGGACCCCGAUCACAGACUCCUGCUGAGAAACACCAAGCCUCUACUGCAAAGCCGCAACGCUGCCGUGGUGAUGGCAGUGGCUCAGCUCUACUUCCAUUUGGCUCCUAAAGCAGAGGUGGGCGUCAUUGCUAAGGCUUUGGUCAGGCUAAUGCGCAGUCACAGUGAAGUGCAGUACGUCGUGCUUCAAAACGUGGCCACCAUGACCAUCAAGAGAAGGGGAAUGUUUGAGCCGUAUCUGAAGAGUUUUUAUAUCCGCUCCACCGACCCGACGCAAAUCAAAAUUCUCAAGCUGGAGGUUUUGACUAAUUUGGCUAACGAGACGAACAUCUCCACCAUCUUGAGAGAAUUUCAGACAUAUAUUAAGAGCAUGGAUAAGGAUUUUGUUGCAGCCAGCAUUCAGGCUAUUGGUCGCUGUGCUACAAACAUCGGUGAGGUCAGAGACACAUGUCUGAACGGCCUCGUACAGCUGCUGUCCAACAGAGACGAGUUAGUUGUGGCCGAAUCAGUGGUGGUGAUCAAAAAGCUUCUCCAGAUGCAGCCUGAGCAGCACAGUGACAUCAUCAAACACAUGGCCAAACUCAUCGACAACAUUCAGGUCCCGAUGGCUCGAGCCAGCAUCCUGUGGCUGAUCGGCGAGUACUGUGAACACGUCCCCAAAAUUGCCCCCGAUGUCCUCCGAAAAAUGGCCAAAACCUUCACUAACGAGGAGGACAUCGUCAAGCUGCAGAUCAUCAACCUGGCUGCCAAACUGUACCUUACUAACUCAAAGCAGACUAAACUGUUGACUCAGUAUGUACUGAACCUGGCGAAAUAUGACCAAAACUAUGACAUCAGAGAUCGUGCCCGCUUCAUCCGUCAACUCAUUGUGCCCACCGAUAAGAGCGGCGCUCUCAGCAAAUACGCCAAGAAGCUUUUCCUUGCACUGAAGCCUGCUCCCGUCCUGGAGUCUCCAUUUAAAGACAGAGAUCACUUCCAGCUGGGGUCACUGUCUCACCUGCUGAACGCUAAGGCCUCCGGAUACCAGGAGCUGCCCGACUGGCCCGAAUCGGCACCCGACCCGUCCGUGCGCAACGUGGAGAUUCCGGAGUGGAGCAAAUGCACAAGCCGGAAGGAUCGUAAGGAGAAGAAAGUGGAGAAGCCGUUUUACUCAGACUCUGAAGGAGAAUCUGGACCGACUGAAUCAGCAGAUAGCGAAUCAGAUUCAGGCAGCGGGUCAGAAAGCGCAAGCGGCAGUGAAGAAAGCAGAUCCGCCAGAUCUGCUUCAGAGAGCGAAGACAGCGGAGAAGAGAGUGAAUCUGAGGAAGAAGAGGAAGACGAAGAGGAUCAAAAGAAAAAAAAGAAAAGACUGGAAAAGACCAAAACUAAGAAGCCGGUGGAGGAGAGUGCAGAGAGUGAGCAGAGCAGUGGUGCAGAGGACAGGAAACGAAGCAGGAAGAUGGUGAAGAAUCAAAAAAGUGUGUCAGAAUCAGACAGCGAAUCAGAGAGCAGCGAAUCAGAGGAGGAGGAGUCGGAGGAGGAGUCAGAGGAGGAGUCUGAGUCGGACACUGACAUCAGGAAGAAGAAGACCGCCGUAUCAAAACCACCUCCCAAACCAUCCAAAAAAGAGAGCAAGAAGGAGACUAAAGAAAUGUCUUUGCUGGAUCUGGAUGACUUUGAACCAUCUCCAGCAUCGGCUCCGGUGACUCCGGUUAACUUCUUGUCCAGCAGUCUGGUGUCCGAUCUGGAGGGUUUGUCACUGACCGACACUAUUCUGGCCCCUACAACCAUCGCACCGUCUGGUUCAAUAAAGAUGUACGAGCUCUUGCACCGUAUAACAGGCGAGGGUCUAGCGGUAGAGUACUGCUUCAGUCGGCAGCCCUUCAGUCCAGACCCCAACAUGGUGGCUGUCCAGAUCCAGUUCACCAACAACACCAACUCCGAGACCAAAAACCUGCACAUCGAGGAGCCGCGGCUGCAGUCCGGCAUGAGGAUCCGAGAGUUCUCUGAGAUAGAGGUGUUAGCUGCAAAUGAAUCUGUUACCGUGGUGAUGGGAAUAGAUUUCUGCGAUUCUACGCAAGCAGCAAACUUCCAGCUGUGUACUCACACCCGUAAGUUCUUCGUUUCAAUCCAGCCACCCGUCGGGGAGCUCAUGACUCCAGCGUUUCUGACGGAAAACGACUUUAAGAAGGAGCAAGGCAAACUGAUGGGAAUGAAUGAGAUCUCAGAGAAGUUGACGCUGGGAGACAAGUGUGUGAAUGAACACGUCAUCGUUGAGAGAGUCACAGCCACUGCCAACUUAAGCAGAGUUCCCUGCGGUUCAGAUAAAGAGUGCAGAUUCGCAGGUAAAACGGUGAGCAGCGGGAGUCUGGUUCUGGUCACCGUGGCCAUGAAGGACGGCGCAGGAGCUCAGCUGACGGUCAACUGCGAGAAGAUGGUGAUCGGCACGAUGUUGGUGAAGGAUAUUCUACAGGCCCUGUCGCAGUGAUGAGCGCCACGUACACCAGUUCACUUUCAUCUGUAGAUAUUUCUCCAACGCGAUCUGGCUUGUAGCAUCAAAAAUAUACUGCUGACGUCAGAACAGCAGCAGCAUUCAACAACCAUUUCUCUGUUGACGUUGCAUGGCAUCAGAGAGCGUGAGUAGAGAUGGUCAGGAUUACUGCGCAAACCUGUGUCCAUUUUAGUUUAGGAUGUGCAAUAGAUAAUACGUUGUACAUUAGGCAAUAGCUUAUAUUCAACUCUGCUCCGUGAAACACUAGACUAAUGUUUGCUUUCAGAUCAGAUGCAGCCUUUAUUAUCUUUUGUCAGUGGAUGGGAAAUCUUCUGGGUUUAUUUAUAGAUUUUAGGCCUCAUUUUUUUUAUGUAGCAUUCUACAUUGGAUCUGCUGUAUGAAAAGCUUGUUUCUGCUACUGAAUUAGCACGUGUUCUCUGAAUUCCAAGAAUUAAAGGUCAGAAUUACAUAUGGCGUUUCUGUGUGGAGUUUGCAUGUUCUCCCUGCGUUGGCGUGGGUUUCCUCCGGGUGCUCCGGUUUCCCCCACAGUCCAAAGACAUGCAGGUGAAUUGGGUAGGCUAAAUUGUCCGUAGUGUAUGAGUGUGAAUGAGUGCGUAUGGGUGUUUCCCAGAGAUGGGUUGCAGCUGGAAGGGCAUCCGCUGCGUAAAACAUAUGCUGGAUAAGUUGGCGGUUCAUUCCGCUGUGGCGACCCCAGAUUAAUAAAGGGACUAAGCCGAAAAAAAAUGAAUGAUUUCUGUGUGGAGUUUGCAUGUUCUCCCCAUGUUGGCGUGGGUUUUUUCCAGUUACUCCGGUUUCCCCCAUAGUACAAAAACAUGUGCUAUAGGUGAAUUGAAUAAAUUAAAUUGGCCGUAGUCUAUGAGUGUUUGUGAAUGUGAGAGUGUAUGGGUGUUUCCCAGUACUGGGUUGCAGCUGGAAGGGCAUCCGCUGUUUGAAACAUAUGCCGGAAUAGUUGGCAGUUUAUUCUGCUGUGGCAAUGCCUGAUAAAUCAGAGACUUAAACCUGGUUUAUACUUCUGCGUCGAGUGAUCGGCGUGACCAUUGGCGCAGGCCUUGUGCGUUGCCAUGCAUUCAUACUUCUCUGCAAUAACACUUCGGAAACACUAGCUGUCAGUGAGGUUUUAAUGUCGAGUUUCUUCGCUGGUGUUUAGUUUUUUCAGAAAGCUACCUUAAUGUACAAGCC